UCCGUUUUCCAGUAUUACCCUUACAUUCCUUUUACACGAGUUUUGAAGGGUUCAGUAGUUCUGAGACAAUUUUUACUGUAAAAAAAUAAUUUUCAGUUUCUUGUCAUAAAACAAUAUAAGAACAAUAUUUGUCACUUUAGUUUGUUAAACUUUUACAUCACUUUCUUCCAUGGGACUGUCAAACCAUUUAGAGAAUUAUGACAUUGUUUCUUUGUGAAAAAAACUGAUUUUUGACUGGAAUAACAACAUUGGAUUGCCUACUAGUUUUUCAUCUUCCAACUAACUUAAUUGACAGCUAUCCACAUGUGGGCCAGUAUUGCUGUGGCAUUUUGCCUAAUCCAUGGAUAUCUCAGUGCUGUUGCCUAUCAGACGUCUUCUGCGAAAGCAACACCACCAGAGCCAACAGGACCAUCCUUUGCAGAGCCAAUUCCUAAUGUCACCAUAGCAGCAGGAAGAGAAGUUGUUCUUCCAUGUGUUGUGAACAAUCUAGAAAGAUACAAGGUGGCAUGGAUCCAUACAGACAAGCAUACGCUUCUAACUUUACACGACAAAGUGAUAACAAGGAAUAACCGGUAUAGUAUAUCUCACAAUGGUUACAGAACGUGGUGGCUCAACAUCAAAGACGUGGAAGAAUCUGACAAAGGAGAAUACAUGUGCCAAAUAAACACUUCCCCCAUGAAAAGUCAAAGCGGUUAUUUGGAUGUCGUAGUUCCACCAAAAAUUGAUGAAGACUAUACAAGCUCUGACACUGAAGUUAGAGAAGGCGGGGACAUAAGUUUACGAUGUCGAGCAUCCGGUUCCCCGUACCCCAAAAUAAAAUGGAGACGUGAAGAUCAAAAGGACAUACCGGCUGGCUUAAAGUUAGGUCAAGGAAUGAAUGGCGAGUACUUAAAUAUUACUAAAGUAAGCCGUCUCCAUAUGGGAGCCUACCUGUGCAUUGCAUCCAAUGGAGUGCAACCAUCAGUAAGCAAGCGCAUAAUGCUCAACGUUAAUUUUGCUCCUAUGAUUUGGAUACCUAAUCAACUUGUUGGAGCGCCUUUGGACACAGACGUCCUACUGGACUGCGGCUUGGAAAGUCAUCCAAAAUCUGUCACUUACUGGACAAGAGAAGGCGGAAUUAUGAUUUUGUCUAACUCCAAAUACGACAGUAUGUUGCUGGAUUCGGGCAGCUACAAAAGUAAAAUGCACUUAAGGAUCAAAAGUCUGAAACCUGAAGAUUACGGCGCUUAUACUUGCGUUGCGAAGAACUCAUUGGGUGAAACAGAGGGGACUAUAAAACUAUAUGAAAUUCCUCGUCCAACAACAACAUCUUCUCCAGCCCCACAAUACACAAGCAAAACCAGCAAAACAGAGGGAACACAACACACUACCAGCGAAAAGAUGCUUUUAGGAACAUGGCAGAAUUCUUUAAUCAAGGAUGACACGGAAUCUGCUAGAAAAGCAGAACUGUCCACUGAGCUUUUGGAAAAAGAAAGUACCCUCGGAGGAAUUGCAGCUGCCGCCGCUUCUGACCAUGAAUACAGAGAGCAAGGGACGGAAAGAAAAGAGAGCAGAAGACGUAUUAAUAACAGUAUAUCAAAUGCUGUUAGUUUCACAAAAUGCCAAAGAAUACUGCUCCUGGCCUUUGCUAGUUCCAUCGUGUGUCUACUGAUUCUUUGA